AUGUGCCACCGAGUGAUUUGUCAUGACUGUGGCAAGUAUACCUGGGAAGGAUGUGGACUUCAUAUUGCUCAAGCACUUGCUGGUCUAUCACUCGAACAGAUCUGUUCCUGUGAUGAUGAUCAGGACAGUGAGCAUUCCUGGGCUACCAUCACAUCCCCAACUUCACCAAGACGAGCAUUGAAUGCCGCCCGGUAUUCGACAACAACAGCAACAGCAAUAGGAGACGUGUCCUCAUUAUCAUCCAGCUGCGAUGAUCCAGAUGUCCCACCUCCUUUACAAUACAAACUAUCCAAGAUCUCGGCUACGUCUGCAGAAGAGGCUGCAGUCCGAAAGGCACAACAAGCUGCAGCAUUAGAGGAGCUGAAACGGAUCAAAGAACAAAAGGACAAAGAACUCAAAAACGCAAAUGAAGAUGCUCUUAAGAAAUUACUCGAAGGAUUAUCACAGGAAGAGAAGACAGAAUGA